UAAAAGCUACGACAGCAACAAGAACCAGCGGGCGGUGUAAGGGAAGGAAGAGCGACCUCCGUCGUAUGGCGAGAAAAUGGCGUUUGUGAAAACUCCGCCUCCCUCGUCCGUCUCCGAGAUGGGCGAAAGUCUCGCGAGGGGAUUCAUGCAUUUUUCCUAUAACUUAAAAGAAAAUGAGUGGAUCUAGUGUUGCAGGAAAAGUGGAAACCUGGCUUUCUUCUACGUGGCAUGUUAAAGUUCCUCUGACGUGGCUAGAAGCUUGUAUUAACUGGAUCCAACAAGAAAAUGGUUGUAAUUUAACUCAAGCUCAGAUUAACAAACAGGUAUUUGAGCAGUGGCUUCUUACAGAUCUGAGAGAUUUGGACUAUCCUGUUUUGCCUGAUUGUAUCUUAGAUGGUCCAAAAGGAGAACUGAAUGGCUUUUAUUCCAUACAGAUUGAUUCACUGGUGGAUGUUAGCCAGCCUGCAUAUUCCCAGUUGCAAAAGAUUAGAGGAAAAAAUACUGUAAAUGAAGAAGUAACAGCCAACACUCAGGCACCCCAAAAGUCCUGGGAAGCAAAGCCUACCCGAAUGCUGAUGCUGCAGCUAACUGAUGGAAUACAUCAAAUUCAGGGUAUGGAAUACCAACCCAUUCCUGUCCUCCAUAGUAAUCUUCCUCCAGGUACAAAAAUUACAAUACAGGGUAACAUUGCAUAUCGUCUUGGAGUUCUUUUGCUAAAAUCAGAAAAUGUGAAAUUGUUGGGGGGCGAAGUAGAUGCUCUUCUAGAGGACUAUGCUCAGGAAAGAGUCCUUGCCAGGUUAAUUGGAGAAGCUGAGAACCCUAAUCCUGUCAAGCAGCAUGAUCAUGAACAAGGCAUUUUAGGAGCUGUUGAUGAACUAGGACAAACUCUAGGACCUUCAGAUGAAGAGCUUCUAGCAAGUCUUGAUGAAAAUGAUGAAUUUACCAUAAAUCAUGAAGUUCCUUUAGAAAGUGGAUAUUGUAGCAGAAGUAACAACUCAAAUACAGCCACACAUUUGCUCCUUUCAAGCAAUGAAAACUACUCACAACAGGAAUUUGGGAUCCUCUUGCCUGGGGCAAAUGAAGAACAAAGUGUUCCAGCUGUGGAGGAUGUUGAUGGAGAUUUAGAUGACUUCUCAUUGGAAGAUGACUUGUUUUUAGAAGAGGAGAUCCAAGAAGAAAUUCAGACAAUGCAGUCACCGGUCAUAAACAAAACCAUAGAUGUCAUUACACAAAGAUUUUCACAUAUGCCAAGAUCUUCACUAAGUUACACAUCUGAAAAAGAUGACAGAGGUCAGUUGGAUUCAGUUAGCAAAGAAAAAUCCUGUGGGAGAGAACUGUCUGUUGGUGAUGAAAGUAGUACAAGUAAUUUUUCACUACACCAUAAUAUACAACACUCCAAGAGCUUUACCAACGAUUUCUCCUUGGAAAAUGUUCUUGAGCAGAAGUGUAAUAAGAUAGAUGUAGUUAAGAGCAGUCAAAAAAAUUGUAGUUUUUCUGGCAGUAGAUUGUUAAACAAAAGACCAGUUAAUUUUUCAAAAACUGAUUCAGAGAUAAACAAACAAAAUUACUGUGUACAAACCUUUUCUUACAGAACAACAGAGAAAUGCAAAAGUCUUGAGUUAGAUUCCCCACCUUUUACAUAUAUUUCUGUUCUACUUGCAAAUACCGCAGAAACUGUUACAACAGUGAAAGUUAAAGCCUUUAUUGUAACCCUUACUGGAAAUCUCACAAGCAGCAGUGGCUUCUGGAAUAUAAUGGCAAAAAUCUCUGAUGGUACCGCUUAUCUAGAGGUAGACAUUGCUGAUGAAAUUCUAACAAGCUUAAUUGGAUUUUCAGUGCCUGAAAUGAAACUGUUAAGGAAAGAUCCCAUUCUACAUCAGAAGCUUAAGGAUGGUUUGCAGAAAUGCCAAAGAGAACUGAUAGAUCUUUGUUGUUUGAUGACUAUUGAAUUUAAUCCCUUUCAAUCUAAAGCAACAGUACUAAUUUUACAAGAUGUUGAUGCAGUAGAUCUAGAAAACUUGAAGAAACGUUUAGAUAAAUAGUUGGAGGAAAAAUCUAUAGAAAGUAGUCCCAGGAAAUAUGUAAUUCAAGGCAUAGCAAAGUAAGUGUUGAGAACUCCAUUAAGAAGUCCAGUGGUUUGUGUUUGUUUUUCUUAAUGGCAGGGAGGGAAGGUGGGGGAAAUAUCCAUUCUUUAAGGGGAAAAUAUUUGAAUAAAAAUUACAAAUAAAUUUGUUUUGAUAAAA